AUGGAGAAUCUUAAUGAAGAUGAGAAUCUAGCCAACAUGUUACGCGGAGAGCUCUACUACGCAUUUACCCCUCGUCUCACGGCGUCACGGAUGCGCUGCCACCACGCCUGCGAUCGCUUCAACAGUGCUGGGGAGGUUGACCGACGCCGUUUGGUAGAGCUGUGGAGAGAUAUCCUUGGCGAUAAAACCCCCCUCCCCGCCAAAGCUCCUACGCAAGAGGAGGAUGAUAAGCUCUUCAACGGCGAUGCAUGGGUAGAUGGUCCCAUCAAAGUCGACUAUGGCACCAAUACGAAAAUUGGAAAGGGCGUCUAUAUCAACUUCAACUGCACCUUCCUGGACACGUGCACCAUCACCAUCGGAUCACGUACUCUCAUCGGACCAAACUGCUCCUUCUUCGCUGCAUCCCAUCCGUUAGAUCCGUUUCUGCGGAAUGGGACUCGGGGUCCUGAGUUGGGGGCGCCGAUUACUGUUGGGGAAGACUGCUGGUUCGGCGGUAAUGUGACAGUUCUUGGUGGUAUCACUAUUGGUAGGGGGGUCACCAUCGGCGCUGGGAGCGUGGUCACUAAGGAUGUGCCUGACUUCGUUGUCGUUGCGGGGAACCCAGCGAGAGUUCUCAAAAGGAUUGAAGUCAAGGCUCCGGAUCCAAGGUUGGCAAGCACUGAGGGAGGGGACGGAAGCGGCGAGUAG